AUGACUGGGACAAAUAUGAGCGGUGACUUACGUGAUCCACAACGUUCAAUUCCAAGCGGGACCAUAGCCGCCACGGUGUCAACUUCUAUCAUUUACUAUGCUUUGGCUGUAUUGUUUGCUGCCAGUGUGGACAGAUCCGUACUUAGAGACAAGUUUGGUCGAUCUAUCGAUAACAGCAUGGUUGUCUCUACACUUGCAUGGCCUUCACCAUGGGUCGUGACAGUUGGAUCAUUCCUUAGCACAUUUGGUGCUGCUCUUCAGUGCUUGUGC